AUGUCUAUCACAGAAGGUGGGAAUGGUGCUGCCAUCGCUGCUUCCGGUACAGUCGCUGCUGGUGGUAGUGAUGGUGGUGGCUCUUCUGAUGUUGCUGUUGCGGUGACAGAUACUGCUAUUGGCAGUGAUGGGAGCAGUACUCAUAGCGGCAGUGAACAAGGGAGCAGAAGCAGCACACAUGCGAAGCCUCUCACUGCUGCAGCACCCCUGCUCUCCCUCCUGACUGCCAUGGGGGUUCAGGUCUGGAAAGAGAGAGAGGAGGGGAGUGAGGGAUCGGGGUGGACAGUCGGGGUGAAGGAGAGGGAAGCUGAAGGCAGCACAGGAGGUGCUGCCACGUGUCAAGCAGGCAUAGGAGCAGAUGGGGGCAGGGAAUGGUGGGGAUGGAGAUGCGGCGUGGCUGCAGGCAUUGAUGCAGCAUGCGAGGGUGUGUGGCGGCUGGGUGUCCGCUCAUGGGGGGAGAUGGGAUUGUGGCACCCAAAGAGAUGGCCGUAUCGGCAUGCGAUGCAUCUAAUCACACCAAAUGGCUGCACCAUUAGGGAGGGAAAGAGAGGGACCCCUGCUGCUGGUCACUCCGAGCCAGCAAAGAUGGCGGAAAAACUGGGAGCAUACUGGUCUAACAUGCUGGUGUGCAAUUCAGCAGCAGGCAUCAGACUCGAGUGUUUCCGAUCAGCCCAACCAAGCAAACCUCACCAACUCUGCUACCAAACCAGAACUAGACUUAUAGAGGCUUGUCAUCUCAGACGACUUUUGAGGCGCCUCAAAAGUCAUCUCAGUUGUCCGAGACCCGUCCUGCAGCUGCCUUCAGCUAUCAUGCUUUGA